AUGAUAUCAACAGGUAAAUCAAAUAGCAAUACAACCUUAGAAAAAUCUGUAUUUGAGGGAACACCAUUUCAAUGUAAAUUAAGUUUUUAUAAAUGUGACCAAAAUUUAGAUGCUAGUGCGCCACCAACACUUGUUAAUAAUAGAACAAAUUUACAUAAAGGUGAUCUAUUUGUUAUUACUUUAACUGAUGAUGGUGAACAAAUGCUUGUUAUGCAAGUUGAUGAAGAACGUACUGAUCCAUCUAUAAAGCCAGAAAUUCGUAUCGAUGAAUCAAUUAAAAUAACAUUUUCUGUGAAUAGUUUUGCGACACCUUAUUUUACAGUAGAAAAAGUUGUGGCUAAAGAGAAAUUUGCACUUUAUUUAGUCGAAUUACAAGUUAAAGAACAGUAUUUAAGUCGAGGUGAUAUGUGGAGAUUUACUCGAAAAUUAAGUAAUACAACAGUUUAUUUAAAAAAAUCAUUAGAAAUAUUUGGCAUGCGUACUACAGUUUAUGGUUUAUGGGUUGAUGCAGCACCAUAUCGUGUAUCUUCUGGUUAUAUAACAAAAGAUACUAAAAUUGUAUUUCGUUCGUUAAGCGCUUGUUGUACAAUAUUUUUACAAAUGUCAAAAGAAAUGUGGGAUUUUGAUCAUCAUGGUGAUACAUAUUAUGAAAAAGCUGUUGAUGGAUUUCUUUUUGAUUUAUUUACUCGAUGGAAGUCAAUGAGUUGUCAACAUGAUGUAACAAUGACAUUAUUUUCAAGAGUUUUUUAUGAUGCAAAGUCUUUAGAAGAUUUUCCAACAAGUUUACGUGAAAAUAUAAAUACAGAUCAUCGCGGAAGAUUUUAUGAAGAUUUCUAUCGUGUAAUCUAUCAAAAUGAACGUUAUGAUGAUUGGUUACCUCGUUUAGCAAAAAUAAAACAAGUACUUGUUAAUUAUAAAGAAGAUCUUCUUACUUAUCAUAAAAAGAAAUUACCAAAUUUUGAAGCUGAAAAAAUGCUUAAUGGAACAAUUUCAUGUGCAGCUGAUGGAAAUUAUCUUGAAACAUUAAAUUUAUCAUCGAGUGUUUUUGAACGUCAAUUUAUUGAUCGACCAUUUGAUCGUUUUGGGCAAAUGUCUUUAGUUAUAACACCUGGUAGUGGUGUAUUUGAAGUUGAACGUGAAUUAGCAAAUAUGACUAAACAACGUGUAUUAGAUAAUGGUAUUGGAAGUGAUCUUGUUUGUUUAGGUGAACAACCUUUAUUUGCUGUACCACUUUUUAAAUUUUUUAAAGAGAAUCCAAAUAUAGCUGAUGAUUAUCAAAUACCACAUUGGAUAAAUUUAAGUUAUUAUCGUAAUUCAAGAACACCAUCCUUUUUUCAACGUUAUGUUCCACGUUUACGAUUUGACACAAAUCGAAUUCAACAUGGAAUGUUAGAGGUUAAAAAUGUUAUGAAUUCAGUUGCAGAAGAAUCGUUCAUGAAACCAUUACAUUUAUCAAUGGAAGAAUAUGAUGCUCAAGUAUUUCGAACACAGAAGAAACCUUUAUCAAAAGAUAACUAUUCAGAUAAACCAACUAAACCUGAAAUUCGAGUACCACGAAAACGACAUGUUACUCUACAAUAUCCUCCUUCGAGUGGAGAAGAAGACGAUGGUUUACAAGAACAAAAUGGAAUGGUAAUUGUUAAUAAUAAUACUCAUAUAAUAUCUGAAUUCCAUGAUGAUAUUCAUAAUUUUAAUACAAAUAUAAAAGACGAUAUUGGUCUUUCUACAUCUCACGCUGGAACAUCAUCUAGUAUUAUGGACAAUACUUCAUUUCAUUAUACAUCUAAUCAAUCAUCACAAGUUUUAUAUUAUAAUCCAUCUAAUAGUUCAUCUCGUGGUUUAUCACAAAGUGCCGAUUCAUAUUUUUUAGCAUCAAAUUCAUUUACUCGUUUACAGACACGACCAAAAGCAUUAACAAAUCCAUUUGCACCUGCUAGUAUUCGAAUACCAAUGGGACCAGGACGACGUCGAUGGGCACAUACAUUUCCAAUCGGUCCAAAUAAAAUACCAUGGCAUUUUCAUCAUUUACGUCAAACAGAAAAUACAACUCAUAAAAAAUCUAAUGUUGAUAGUUCAACUAAAUCAUCGACUUCUAAAAAAGAAAAACAAGAAACAAUUAUUUGGGGCCCGACUGGUGUUGAACCAUGGAGUGCAUCGAUGAUUACUAGUAUUGAUUGGAAAUCAUUAACUAUUCCAGCAUCUCUUCCAAUAACAUCUGAUGUUGUACCAUCUGCUGAAGAAUUAAAGUUUGAUUAUACACUUAAUUCAUAUACAUUAAUUCAUGCUUUACCACCACAAAAUGAACAUGAUCGAAAGAAAAAACAGAUGUCUAAUGGGAGUAUUAAUCGUGAUAAUUUGGAACGUCAAAGAAUAACUUUUGAUGAAUUAAUUGAUCAAAGAUUAUCACAAGGUUUUCAAAUGAUUGUUGAAAUACCUGGAGAUUUUUAUCAAAAAAUGAUGAUUUCAAUUCGACAAGCUGGUUUAAAAGAAACUGAAUAUAAUCAUUUAUUAAAUAUUGGUAAAAUAUAUCAUACAUUAAGUCUUGUAACAAAAGAAAAUCAGUCACAAGAUACAGUUGUUAUUUAUGUACAAGAAUAUAAACCUCGAUAUGGUUUUCAACCUAAAUCUGUUAUGUAUAAAUAUCGUUUUCAAUGUCCAGAUUCUUCAGUUUAUGAUUUAGCAUAUUAUAAAUUACAACUUGAUAGUUUAGAAUCAUUUCCAUGGAAUUUAGUCGAUAAUGUUGUUGGAAAUCAUGGUAUAGGUGAUCAUAGAUUAUCCCAUGUAACAAAAUUUUGGCAUACACGUCUUGUUCUUAUGCCUGCAUCAAGAGAUUAUACAAUUCGAAAUAUUGAAUCUGGCCAAACAAAACCUGAUAGUCGUGAAGAAAUGACACCUGGAGACUUUUUUCUUUAUGUUGAACAUUUUAUUCGAUUUUUAUUUAUGCUUAAUAAACUUAAUCGAGUAUCGACUGAAUCACCUAGAUGUAUAAAUCGACCUCUUCAUCUAUUAAAAGGUGAAAAACGAACUGAUUCUCCUAAACAUCAAGGAAAAACUUUAAUUCCAGUUAAAACAUUUAAAUUAGCUGAAAUAAUGUCUGGUGAUAAAGAUGCAAUAAAUAAUUUAUUGAGUUUAUUUCGAGAUGAUCAACAAGGCUUAUUAUUUGUUAAAGAUUCUGUAUUACCAGAACAUACUUUCAUUGCAAUCGAAGCUAUUUGGUGGUCAAUUGAACAUUGUGAAGAUAUAGAAAAUGAACAAACAGCUUUAAAUUUAUUUCAAUUUUUAUUUACUAAAGGACAUAUUCGACAUUUUACAAAUAGAGCAACAAGUUUUCAUUUUGGAUUUUUCCUUUAUUAUAUUGUAACAGAAAGAACACAAACUUUUUCUCUUGAUUUAAAUGAUUAUGUUGAAGUUGAAUUUCAUCAAACUCAAACAUAUAUUCCAUCAAUGGAUUAUUUAAGUUUUGGUGAAUGUAAACCAAUGCGUUUAUUACCAAAAUUAAUUGAUGAUUCACAAAAUCAAGAUUUACAAAAGUCAUCAAUUGUUCUCAAACGUGAUUGUAAUGUUGAUGUUGAUCCAAAACAUAUAUCAGAUAGACGUGAAUGGGCAACAGCACAUUAUCAUUCAUUUUAUAAUCCACAUUGUUUAUUUGAACUUGAAAUUCGAUGGCUUGUAGCUACAUCAUGUCUACUUCGAGAUUUAAUUACACAAUGGGCACAACGUCGAGAAACAAUACCUGGUUCAAAUCAAUUUAUAUUUAAUCUUGUACCAAUUCCAUGUGAUCCAUUUGCUGAAUUUGAUGCACUUCGAGGUUCAAUUUAUAUAAAAAUAAAUUCGUUAUGUCUUCGUGAUAAACUUGCUAAUCUUCCUGAUGAAGAUCAAAUUCUUCGAAUAAAUAUCUUUCAAGAAUUUAUUUUAAAACGUUAUGGUUUUAUUUUAAAUGCUUGUGUAAGUUAUAAGAAUGAAAAGAUUUAUUAUGUUCAUAUUAGUGGUGGUAUGUUAGUUUAUAUAAUAUCAAAUGUUUAUAAUGUUCAUUAUAAUAAUCCACCAACACGUGUUGUAUCAACAGGAAUGACUUCUGAUGAUGAAUUAUCUCCACUUGAUUAUGGAUUUUAUUGGUGUUGGAAUUUUUGUUUAGGAAAAAGAUGGCGAAGUUCUCAAACAGGUGAAGAAAAAUAUCAAGAUAUUAUGUUAGCUGAUUUUCGAGCAUUUUGUGCUAAUGAUAAUAAUCGUUUAGUUAAUUUUUGGAACGAAUUAAAUGAUUUAGCAAAUAAAAAAAUAAAUGAAAAACAACAAAAAUCUUCUAAUAAUCAUUAG